AUGGCUGGUGGGCCAUAAAUGGGUCGUACAGUAGGAAAUUUCUCCAGACCAAUCCAUCAAUCGCUUUGCCUUUUUCUGGAUGGAAUGUUGACCGUAGACUACGUUUGUUUACUACCGUUGCUUGAAGGCCACUGAUCAGAUAGCAAUAAUCAUCUAAUAGAUGUGAAAUUUGAACUGUUCUCUAUCCACAGUAUGGGUAAGUAGAUGGACGGCUCCGAUUGAUCCAUCACUUUCCACGUGUACUGUGGAGAGACCGCAACACACCUGUCUGCACAUUGGCUCCCCUUUUCAAAUAACAGUAAUUCAAAAUCUCAACGGCUCUCAACCGCUACAAGGCAUGAAUACCAAAAUCCAUGGCACUCACCACUCCACACCUUCUAACGAGACUACUUUCCUUGCUACCUUCAAAAUACCCCCACAAAAACCUCUCCACCUCUUCUCUCUCCCCACCAUUUUCAAAUCAGACACCCCCCAUGAAGAAAACCUUCUCUCACAUCUUCCAAGAAUGCUCCGCUGGAAGAUUGCAUGGCUCGGGUAAAAAAGCCCAUGCAAUGAUGAUCACAUCGGGCUUUGUCCCGACUGUCUUCGUCUCCAACUGUUUGAUCCACAUGUAUAUCAAAUGCUUGAACAUGAAUUAUGCUCGUGAAGUGUUUGAUAGAAUGCCUCAAAGAGACGUGGUUUCUUGGAAUGCAAUGAUUUUUUGUUAUACUAGCAUUGGCUUCAUGGAUUCAGCACAAUCUAUCUUUGAUGCAAUGCCAGAAAAGGAUGUGAUUUCCUGGAAUUCAUUGAUUUCGGGGUACUUGCAAAAUGGAACUUAUCAAGCGUCGGUUGAGCUCUUCUUGCAGAUGCGGGAAAUGGGUAUGAAACCAGAUCGGACCACAUUGGCUGUACUUCUUAAAUCUUGUUCAGUUUUGGAAGACUAUGAGCUUGGAACUCAGAUUCAUGGUCUUGCUGUUAAGAUGGAUUUGGAUGCCAACGUGGUAACAGGCAGCUCUUUGGUUGAUAUGUAUGCAAAAUGCAAGAGUUUGGACGAUUCACACCAGCUUUUUACAGAGAUGCCCGAGCGAAAUUGUGUGUCUUGGAGCGCAAUCAUUGCGGGGUAUAUUCAGAAUGAUCGCUUGAUGGAUGGCUUGGAUUUGUUUCAAGAAAUGCAGCAAGCAGGAGUUCAGGUGAGUCAGUCUACUUAUGCGAGUGUCUUUAGAUCAUGUGCAGGGCUGUCAGCAUUGAAUUUGGGCCGUCAGAUUCACGGCCAUGCACUGAAAAGCAAUUUUGUUUCUGAUGUUAUAGUAGGUACUGCUGUUUUGGAUAUGUAUGCAAAAUCUGAUAGCAUGAAAGAUGCUAGAAGGGUCUUUUGUUUGUUGCCGAAACGUACUUUGCAGACUUGGAAUGCAAUGGUUGUUGGAUACGCACGAAACAAUCAGGGAUUGGAAGCUUUGAUGCUAUUUCAGGUCAUGCAGAGGUCUAAUGUCGGUGUUGAUGAGAUCAGUUUGUCUGGUGUUUUUAGUGCUUGUGCGGGGAUUGAACGGUAUGUAGAGGGAUUGCAAGUUCAUGCAUUAGCAAUCAAAACUAGUUUUGAAUCGAACAUUUGUGUUGCAAAUGCAGUUUUGGAUAUGUAUGGAAAAUGUGGAGCUUUGGUCGAAGCUCAAGGAGUUUUUGACAAGAUGGAUCAAAGAGAUGCAGUCUCUUGGAAUGGUAUUAUUGCAGCAUAUGAGCAAAACGGAUGUGAUGAGCAAACGCUGUUUUGUUUUGAUCAGAUGCUACGUUCGGGCUUGAAACCUGACGAGUUCAGUUAUGGAAGUGUCCUUAAAGCUUGUGCGGGUUUGCAGUCUUUGGGUUGUGGAAUGGAAAUCCACAAUCAAAUUGUCAAAUCUGGUCUGGGUCUGGACUCAUUUGUUGGAAGUACUUUGGUAGAUAUGUAUUGUAAAUGUGGAGUUAUGGAAGAUGCGGAGAAGCUCCAUGAUAGAUUAGAAAAGCAAACGAUGGUGUCAUGGAAUGCAAUCGUAUCUGGAUUCUCGAUGCAAAAGCAAAGCGAGGAAGCUCAGAAGUUCUUCCAACAGAUGCUUGACAUGGGUCUUAAGCCUGAUAACUUUACGUAUGCUACGGUUCUUGAUACAUGUGCAAAUCUCGCCACUGUUGGAUUAGGAAAGCAAAUCCAUGCACAGAUUAUCAAGCAAGAGUUACUGAAGGACGUGUACAUAUCGAGCACUCUCGUUGACAUGUAUUCAAAGUGCGGGAACAUGCAAGAUUCUCUGCUGAUGUUUGAAAAGAUGCCCGAGAGGGAUUUCGUGUCAUGGAAUGCCAUGAUUGCAGGCUAUGCACAACAUGGUCUUGGGUUAGAGGCACUUAAAAUGUUUGAAAGGAUGCAACAGGAGAAUGUGAAACCAAACCAUGCGACAUUCAUAUCAGUUUUGCGUGCGUGCGGGUACAUGGGUCUUUUUGAUGAAGGGUCACAAUUCUUCCAUUCAAUGCUGAGGGACUAUGGAUUAGAGCCACAAUUGGAGCACUAUUCGUGUAUGGUGGAUAUAGUGGGCCGAUCAGGGGAGGUCAAUGAUGCAUUGCAGCUUAUCUAUGACAUGCCAUUUGAAGCUGAUGCUGUUAUAUGGAGAACUCUACUUAGUGUUUGCAAGAUACACGGCAAUGUCGAGGUGGCAGAACGGGCCACCAGUUCUAUCCUGCAAUUGGACCCUCAAGAUUCAGCUGCCUAUGUCCUUCUAUCAAAUGUUUAUGCUGAAGCAGGAAGGUGGGCUGAGGUUUCAGAGAUGAGGAGGAUGAUGAAGCGGAACGGGCUUAAGAAAGAGCCGGGUUGCAGUUGGAUUGAAGUGAAGAGCGAGGUGCACGCUUUUCUUGUGGGGGACAAGGCUCAUCCAAGAUGUGAAGAGAUCUAUGAGAGGUUGGAUAAACUGAUUGGAGAGAUGAAGUGGGCUGGGUAUGUGCCAGAUAUGGAUUUUGUUCUUAGUGAUGAGUAAGCGAGGGAAGAGUUGGGAAAAUGGCUUGGAAUCAGUAACAGUGGUUAACUUCAAUCUCCUGUGUAGCACAAAUGCAGGCUCUACAGCUUCAAGCAUUUUGGGUUGAGUCUCCCGGACAGCGGUUUUCAUUGUUGAAGCAUGCAAAGAGUCAGUGUAGUAGUAUUUCAGUCAUUGCUUGUUCUAGCUAACCUUUGGUCUGCCUCAAGUGAUGGUACACCGAUCUUUAUCAGACAUAUCCGACUUCACAAACCAGAGAAGUGGGAAAUGCAGGUAUUUGCAAGAGGAGAAACGGUCUUUCUGGACAUGGCAUGAUCGAUUUUUGGGGUUUAUGAUUACAGAUGAACCAUGUCCAUGAUAUUUUUGAAAAUGGGAUCUUUCAAAUGGGAAGUAGUUUGCGAUCCAACUUGAUGAAUCUACCAGGAAAUGCACCUUAAAGAUGGUUGAAAGGAUGGGAAAUUUAGUAAUCAAAUGGAAAUCUCCACCUCUCAGAGUAUAGAAUGUAACUGUCGGUAGGGUUUUGAGGGACCCCACGGGAACACAUUAAGAUGGCGAUCUUGGGUCUGGUGUGCACAAGAGAUCAAAAUGAGGCAAAAAUUCAAGCUUGAAGAGAAGGUUUAAGACUGGCAAUCAUCAUUUUUUUAAAAAAAAUUUCCAGAUAAUUAAAUAUUGGAGGGAGAUUCUCAAACAGCAGUGUGC